GCAGCAGCAACUUGCCCUGAGCAUGUGACCUGCUUCAUUCAACCUCUCGUGUAACAUAAUGCAUUGAGCUCACCGCCAAAGAUUAGUUUUUGCUCUCUGUACUAAGUCGACGGAGCAUCUCAAGGCUAUCUUAGUAUACUUCCCAUGGUAGUGUCUUUAGAGCAUUAAUCACUCGCCAUUCGAAAUGAACGUGGGGGUCUCCGCGCGACCAUCCCCCCCCGACACCAUGCAUCCAUCCGACCACUUCGCGUCAAGCCACCCAUUCGCAGAUCCCUCCAUCUGUCUCGCAGCUCGGCUCUCUUCCCCAGACUACCUCUCCGCAGCGCUCGGCUCGUCCCCAUCUGCGCGCUGCGGAUCCGAAGCGCUGAAAGCCGGCGCGUGCCGGCCAGCAGGUAGCCUGCGGGAGCGGGCCUCCUUGCUCGGUGCGCAGGGGUUGGAGCAGGAAUGGGCGGGUCAGGGUUUGGAGCAAGAAUGGGCGGCUAUUUUUGGAGACGAUGACGGAGAUUCCGGGAUUGACGGAGAUGCCUGGAUUGACGGGAAAAAUGGGGGUGAACGGGAGGUUGAGGACGAGGAGGAGGAGGAGGACGUACCUUGGGAGGUGAUAAGCUCGCGGCUUCGGCAGCAACUACAGCAGGUGCUGCAGCAGCAGAAGCAGCAGCACGUUCAGCUGACGCACGCGCGGUUACACGACGGUUCCCGCGACGGUUACCACGACGGUUACCAUGCCCAACAUGGCGCCUCGGCGCAGAAAGAUCUGAUUCGCAGCCGCGUAGAGAGCGGUCCUCAUUCGGAGCAAGCUGAGAGUAAAGACCGCCAAAGCAGCCAGAGGCCGGGUAUCUCCAGGGACGGUGGCACCAGGGACGGUUGUACCAGGGAAGGCAGCAGCAGGGCGGAGAGCAACUGGCUGGCGCAAGCAUGCGCGGAAGGCAGGGGGAAGCAGGCGGACAGACGAACGGGUAGCCGUAGAUCUUUCGAUGUCGUUAGAUCUGCCCGUAAUCCCGUAACGGAAACCGUUACCGUUAACGUUUCCUUCCCCGGUUCCGCUUCGGCUUCGGGUUCCGCCAAUCGUGACUGCUCCGCCCACUCUUCGCUCGUGCCGCUGCAGCAGCGCCGGCGAAGCGUUUCCGAAGUGCCGCUGCUGGUAAGCGUGCCGAAAUCUUCGCUAGAAAGAUUCGCGCUGGGGAACAAGAAAGGCUCUCCGCCGCUUCCGCCGUCCGCCCGCCAAGGCGCAUGCGCUUCCCCCAGCCCCAGCGACCGCCAACAGAAAGCCUGUCCCGCCUUCUCGUCCCCGCGCUCUCCCCGCAGCAAUCUUUCCGCGCAAGCUUUCCGCGCUUCCUCGCUCUCCCCCGAUUCCCCGUCCAUAUCCCCGCGCGCCUCCUCCGCCGCCCCUUCUUCUGCGCCCGCGCCUUCCCGAAACGCGGAGAGUUACAGAGAAGAUCUAGAUUCUUCGGACGAGGAGUUCAUAGCCGCUUACUGCCACAUCACCGGUUCCCCCACUCCCCCCGACCGCAGCCCCGCCGCGGGGUCCCCGAUAACCUCCCCCCCUUCCGCCUUCCGCGGGCCCGACAACCGCGCGCUUCAGAAGAGCGCGAGUUGCCUGGACGGGCGGGGGGAGCUGCGCCAAGCGUCGCUGCGCGCGCAGGCGGGGCGGAAGCAGGCGCAGGCUAGGGCGCAGGAAACGUCGUUGCGCAAUGGCGGAGGGAGCGGCGGAGCGAGCGGCGCAGCAAACGGCGCGGCGAGCGGCGCAAGGGACGCGCAUGCGCUGGCAAGGGUCCUAGAAGCGGAAGACGUUCCGCAGCGGUCUUACACGGCACCACAAGCGCGGGCUAAGGCGGCGCCUUUUGCGGCGGUUAAUAAGGCGGCUUCCGCGCAGCAGAGCCUAGAGCAGCAGAAGCACCACCUGAAGCAGCAGCUGCAGCAGGCGCAGCAGCUAAGGGCGGAAAUAGGCGGCGGAUUCAGCGGCAGCGGAUGUAGCGGGCCGAAUCUUGAGCGGGGAACAGGGCACGAUUUGGGCGGCAAGCAGGCGGGAAGCGCCGCCGCGCACGGAGCGCGCGGCAUAGUAGGGGCAACUGGGGGAGGCUCGUCCGUGGGGACUCAGCCGCCGAGCCUUGCGCAAGCCAGAUCCAGAGGCAAAGGGGGACACGCGGAGACUCCGGCUGGCGGAGCGGUUUCCGCGGGUGCGCAGAAGCUGUUACGGGCGGGGUCGCAGUCCCAGCGCAUGCUUCCGCGCGCCGCAACCACUGGCGGAGUUCCCCGCACGCUAAUUCGUGGGCGCUCGUGGGCGGCGCUGGAGUUUCAGAUGGCGAAAGAGCCGCCGCAUCAGGCGGAGCUGGUUCCAUGCACGAAAGGCCUCCCCACUAUAGAAAGCAGCGGCAGUGGCAGUGGCAGCGGCAGCGGCGGCGGCGGCGGCAGCAAUAGGGGUAGGGGAAAGGGCAGCGGCAGCAGUAAGGGCGGUAGUUCCGCGCAGCACCACUCCGCCGUUCUCUCCGCAGCGGAUUCCCCGCGGUCGCGCGCGGCCGCCCCUCCGCUCUCCGCCAUGGGCAGGGCAAGCUCCGCCGCUGCGGGCGGCGCGCAGCGGAGUUCCUCCGCGCUCCCCCACGAGCGGAACCUGCUUUCCGAUCUCCCCGUUUUAGCAAAGAGGGCUCUUGUAAAUGCGGCGCAGGCGCAGGAGGGAGCGGGCGGAAUCUCUGCCGGCGCACCAGGCCUGUCCCGAACCUCCUCGGCUCGGCAGCUGUACGUUCGGAAGAUGCUGCUAGACCUUGCGGCGCAGAGCGACGAAGCGAGCGAAGGAGGUUCGGCAUCCGGGUCGGGACACGCUAGCCCGUCUAUGGCGGCGGAAGGGGGGAGCGGAACGAGCGGAAGCGGAAGCGGGAGGCUACUCGCCAGGCGGGGAGACUUGAGGCGGUCGGCGUCGGGCAGGGAGCACGCGGGCAGGCGGGUGGGGGUGAUGGCGCAAGAUGGCGCGGAGACGGCGCAACUGGCAGCGGUCAGGCGCUCUGCUUCCGCGCGCUAUCAGCCCGCCUCGCGCCUCUCCGUAGACUUUAGCGCUGCUCCGGGGGGGCUGACAGGCGGAGAAAACGGCGGAUCUGGGGGAGGUAGUACAUGUGUCGCGGGAGCACUGGGGGAAGCGGGGAUGAUGGGGGGAAAGAGCGGAGGGGGUUCCGCCCGGGGGAGGCCUCUGGGGCGCUCUGCCUCGUACAGGGAAAUGCAGGGGGGUCACCCGCGAAUGCUGGAGUUACCGUCGAUUUCUGGGGGGGCGAUUUCUGGGGGGAUUUCGGGCGCUGCUGCUGCUGCUACAACAGCAGCAGCAGCUGUACUAGAGGCACACCUUGUCCCAUCUACAGUGAAUGUAGGUGAUGCUGGUGGUGGGGCUGAUGGGGAUGAUGAUGAUGACGAUGCGGAUCUGUUUGACAUUCUCGCGGCUAUGAGGAGUAUGCAGACCAGCCCGCACUCUCCAAACCUCCUCUCUCCCCUCUCUCCGAACCUUCUCUCUUCAAACCCCAUCUCUCCUAACCCCAUCUCUCCACACCUCACCUCUCCAUUCCCCGCCUGCCCCCUUCGCUCCCCAGUGCCCCUUUCCCCUUCACCCGCCAACUCCCCCCGAGUCCCCUAUCCGUACUCUUGCGACCCCUCACCUCCUCCCCGCUCUCCUCAUUCCCCCUUCUCCCCCUCUCCCUCUCCCUCUCCCCUCCUCCGCUCACCCUCGCCCGCCUCUCGCUCCCCCUCCCCCCCGUCUCGCACCCGACCCCACCCAAACCACCCCCCCUCCAUUUCCCUGACUCACAACACCAUCCCCACACGCUCCCCCUUCCAACUCCAUCCUUCCAUUACCACUCAUCCCUACGACGACUCCCCCCCUCGCUCUCCACCCCUCUCCCCCUGCGGCUCGUCCCUCGACUCCUCCCCCCGCUCCCCACCCCUUACGCCUCCUCGCAACCGUCGCCGCUCUUUCCAGGUCCCCUCCCGUGCCCCCUCUCACUCAGCAUCAUCCUCAUUGGCUCGACCACAGCACCGCCGCCAUUCAACCAGCGAGGAUAGGCCUCUCAAUUUCACUCACCCUGCCAGUCGUCGGAGUGGCAGCGGCAGUGGCAGUGGUGGUCCCUUCGCUGCUGCUGCUGCCAGUACUCAUGGCUCGUCUGCUUCCUCUGGUGCUGCUGCUGCUCGUGCGUUCGCCAUGUCGCGUAGUCUGAAUUCUGGCUCGUCUGCUGCUGCUGCUGCUGCAGCUGUGAAAGCGGCUGGAGCGAGGAGGGGGCAAGCAGGCAUGAGGGAUGGGGCAGGGUGGUAUUUGGGAGGUGCCGGUAACGGCAUCGGCAAUGGUAACGGCGGUGGUGAUUUGGGUGGACGGGCAUUUGGUAGAACACGAACACAGCCAUCAGAGCGGGCAUCACAUAGCAAUGGGCGAUGAAGGUGUAUUUAUAGUGUUUGUCAAUAUGUUGCGUAGUCCUUGUGCUCAUCUUGUGCAUAAUUAUUUUUUCGAGUCUCU